AUGUUGUUUGCUCAACGUUUUACUAGUAUAGCAGUAUCCCGUAGAUAUGCAUCAACAGUUGCUGAUCUCUAUAAGGGAUUAAUUAAUGGUGAUCGAGUUUGUUUGGCAAGAAGUAUUACAUUAGUAGAAUCGACUCAUAAAGAAAAACAGCAACAUGCAAAAGAAUUACUUGGCCAAGUUUUACAAGGACUUAAACAACGACAACAACAACAACCGCGUAAACCGAUUAGCUUCAGAAUAGGAUUAUCCGGUAGCCCUGGUGCUGGAAAAUCAACGUUUAUCGAUAUUUUUGGUCGGUAUUUACUAAAGCAAGGACAUAAAUUAGCUGUAUUAACAGUUGAUCCAUCAUCAUCCACUACUGGAGGCUCAAUUCUCGGUGAUAAAACAAGAAUGCUUGAAUUAUCACGUGAGCCCAAUGCUUACAUUCGCACAUCACCAACAUCUGGCACAUUGGGUGGUGUAACUCGGACAACAAAUGAUGCCAUUGUUCUUUGCGAAGCUGCCGGUUAUGAUGUUAUUCUAGUCGAAACUGUUGGUGUUGGUCAAUCUGAGUUUGCUGUUGUAGAUAUGGUAGAUAUGUUUUGUGUGUUAAUUCCACCGGGAUCAGGCGAUGAGUUACAAGGCAUGAAAAAGGGCAUUAUGGAAGUAGUUGAUUUAGUAAUAAUAACUAAAGCCGAUGGAGACUUACUGCCUGAAGUUCGCCGUUUACAAAGUGACUGGUCGAGUGCUCUACGAUUGAUGCGUCGUCGAUCUCGACAUUGGUCACCAAAAGUCUUAGCCGUUUCGUCGCGUAAAAGUACUGGUAUUGAUAAGGCUUACGAACAAAUGUUUGCUUUUGAAAAUGCAAUGGUUGAGUCUGGCGAAUUUAUGAAGAUACGUUCUAAUCAACUUCAAAAAUGGAUGUGGAACAAUGUCAAAGAUCGAAUACUUGAUCAAUUUUUAGCCGACGAAGAAAUACAAAGGUUAAUUCAAAGUUAUGAACAACGUGUUGUUCGAGGACUUAUAACACCGUUUGUAGCUGCUGAUGCGAUUUUGAAUAUUUUUGGUAAAGCGAAAGUGGACAAAAGUGCAUAG